ACCUCCAAUAACACGGUGCUCACUCGAAGGUCUUCGCUCUUCGACUUUAGAUCUGGAAUUAGGAUACCUUCUGUGAGAUAUUGUUCAUUUGAAGCGCACACCAUGGCUCGCUCAGACCGUGAUACGCUUCCUGAUGUAGUGAAGCCGAAACGUUAUGAUAUUUCUCUUUAUAAUCUACAGCUUGGAGGUUCUUGGGGCUACAAUGGCACUGUCAAGAUUGACGUCAAGGCAUCCAAGCCCACCAAGGAGAUUGUCUUGAACACCAAGGAGGUCAGCGUUGAAAAGGCAGAGGUUCAAGCCGGCUCAACCUCCGUCAAGGCUGUUGGCAUUUCCUACGACAAGGUGUCAGAAAGAGUUACACUGGCUUUUGACCAGGAAAUACCUUCCGGAGAAGCUCUAUUGAAAAUAGAUUUUACGGCGACUAUUAACGAAGCUAUGGCUGGAUUCUCUCGUUGCAAGUACAAAGCUCCCGUGACACCAUCCGCCGCCACUCCAGAAUCAGAUGGGUAUCAUUACAUGAUGAGCACCCAAUUUGAGGCUUGUGAUGCUAGAAGAGCCUUUCCAUGCUUUGAUGAACCGAAUCUGAAGGCCGAGUUUGACUUUGAGAUUGAGGUCCCGAAGGAUCUAGUCGCCUUGAGUAACAUGCCAGUCAAAUCGGAGCGUGAUAGCAAAGAGGGCUGGAAAGUUGUCUCCUUUGAACGAACCCCGAUCAUGAGUACUUAUCUCCUAGCUUGGGCAGUCGGUGACUUCGGAUAUGUCGAGGCAAAGACAGAGCGCAAGUAUAACGGGGCUAGUAUCCCUGUUCGAGUUUAUACUACCAGGGGUCUUGAAGAUCAAGCUCGAUACGCUUUAGAAUGUGCCCACAAGACGGUCGAUUACUUCUCAGAACUUUUCGGAAUUGAGUAUCCUCUUCCAAAGUCCGACCUUCUCUGUGUCCAUGCAUUUGCAGCUGGAGCUAUGGAGAAUUGGGGUUUGGUCACAUACCGUACCACUGCCGUUCUUUUCGAUGAAGGCAAGUCCGAUUCGCGCUAUAAGAACCGGAUUGCUUAUGUGGUCGCUCACGAACUUGCGCAUCAAUGGUUCGGUAACUUGGUUACAAUGGACUGGUGGAGCGAGCUCUGGCUGAACGAAGGAUUUGCAACAUGGGUCGGCUGGCUCGCAGUUGAUCACUUUCAUCCAGAUUGGAAUGUUUGGUCUCAAUUUGUGGCUGAAGGUGUUCAACAAGCUUCCCAACUUGACUCACUGCGCGCUUCGCACCCUAUUGAAGUCCCCGUGAAGAAUGCUCUUGAAGUGGACCAGAUUUUCGAUCAUAUCAGCUACCUGAAGGGCAGUUCCGUCAUCCGUAUGCUCAGCAGUCAUCUCGGCCAAGACGUCUUCAUCAAUGGGGUGUCCAACUACCUUAAAACUCACGCCUACGGUAACGCCACGACAAAUGAUUUGUGGUUAGCACUCAGCAAAGCGUCCAACCUUGAUGUCAAUGCUCUUAUGAACCCGUGGAUUCGCAAGAUUGGUUAUCCAGUAGUCACCGUUGCCGAGGAACCUGGUCAAAUAUCUUUGCGCCAAAACAGGUUCCUUUCAUCUGGCGAUGUUAAGCCAGAGGAGGACGAGACUGUUUGGUGGAUUCCACUCGGCAUCAAGUCUGGGGCCCAGCCAACCCAGGUUAAGCUGGAUGCUCUUACCUCCAAGUCUGAUACUUUCCGCGGUAUUAAUGAAGAGUUUUACAAGAUCAACAAAGACCAUUCUGGUUUCUAUCGGACGAACUACCCACCGCAACGGUUGGCAAAACUCGGCCAAAGCCUUCAUUUGCUCAGCACAGAGGACAAGAUUGGCCUUGUUGGCGAUGCUGCUGCUCUUGCCGUUUCAGGCGAAAGCACUACUCCUGCGUUGCUCGCAUUGAUCGAAGGAUUCGCUCAAGAGGCAAACUAUCUAGUGUGGUCCCAGACUUCGUCAUCUCUCGCUAGUUUGCGAACCACAUUCUCAUCGAACGAGUCUGCCGCUGCUGCUAUAAAGAAAUUCAAGCUGAAGCUAGUUACUCCAGCUGUCGAGAAGAUUGGCUGGGAGUUCCGCUCCGAUGAGGAUUACUUGACCGGACAACUUCGCAAACUGCUCAUCGCGAUGGCAGGAGAAGCCGGUCACGAAGGAAUUGUUGCUGAAGCAAAGCGCCGCUUCCAGCUUUGGGCUUCUGGCCAAGACCCGAAUGCUAUCCAUUCUAACCUGCGAUCCACAAUCUUCUCGAUCAAUGUCGCAGAAGGUGACCGAGCGGAGUUUGAGCGGAUCAAGGAAGAAUUCGUCCAGACUGACUCUGUAGAUGGCAAAGAGAUAUGCCUUAGCGCCCUUGGUCGCGCAAAGAAUCCUGAACUGAUACAGGAGUACUUGAAUUUUAUAUUUUCAGACAAAGUCUCUAUUCAAGACGUGCACACCGGUGCUGCAUCGUUAGCCAACAACCCCAUUGGCCGCUACGCACUCUGGGAGUAUAUGAAGUCCAACUGGACCGCAGUCUCGACACGGCUGUCUGCCAACAAUAUUGUCUACGACCGUUUCGUGCGACUAGGACUGUCCAAGUUCUCGGAGGUUGCCAUCGCCGACGACAUUGCCAAAUUCUUCGAGGACAAAGACACUGGUGCAUUUGAGCGGACUUUGGUGAUUCUCUCCGACAGCAUUCGCACCAAUGCUCGGUACAAGGAAAGAGACGAGAAGCUGUUGCUGGAAUGGAUGCAGGCUCACGGGUAUGCUUAAGGUUAUAAGUGUAGGAAGUUAGAAGAUUAUUUAUUAUUCAAGAGAGUGAGACAUUGGAAGUGUUUAAUGUUGUAUCAUUGGACUACGGCACGGGACCGCCAGUCGCUCAGCUGGG